AUGGAUAAAGUAUUGGAUAAUUUGCAAGAGAUCUAUACAAUAGCAGUUAAUGAACUACAAAAAGACAACAAAGAUACUUUGGAAACUAUUCGAAUAGUUGCAGCCAUAGAAUCUUUCAAGUAUAACAAUAAGAAUUUGGAAGAGAUAAUGGAAACAUUUCGAUUGAAUAAAACAAAUAUUGAAACGGUUAAACAACAGAUAAUAGAAGAGCAAGAAGAAGGCAAAAAGAAACUCGAGGAAAAUGGGGAAAAAAUUCGCAAUUUACGUCAUGAAUUAUUAAGCAUUGAAUUGUUGCAUAGUAUGGAAAUGAAAUUAUUAACAAAAUGGGGUAUGAAUCGUGAAACACAAGCUCAAAUAGUCAGCGAAAAGCAACAAAAAUCGUUAAUACAACAAUUAAUUGAUGUUAAGAAGAAAAUGACGCAGGAAGAACGCUUGAUCGGAGAAAUAGGAAAUUGCUAUGAAAAUCAAAUAGUCAGCUUAAACGAACAAGUAUCGCAAUGGGAACAAAAGUAUAGGAAAGAAAUGCAAAUUAUUUUGCUAGAAAUUCAAGAAAUAAUGAAUCAAAUAACGGAACUCCAAGAGAAUCAUGAGAACUAUCGGGAAAUAUGUAAAGAACAUAUAGCUUUUGUUGAGGAUUACUUGAAAUGCAAGGAAGAGGAGGAACGAUUGAACGAAGAACAAUGUUAUCGUAUACGGUGUGCAGUACGUUUGCAAGCAUGGUGGCGCGGCGUAAUGGUUAGACGUGGCCUGGGACCAUAUCGUAAAAAAUCGAAAAAGGGAAAAAGAUCUAAAAGUAAAAAAAAAUAA